AUGGGUGGUGGAACAACUAUGACACCAUUGGAGAGGUGGCAUGUAUACAAGUUGGCGGGUAGAAGGCCAUAUGCUGAUACAUUGAAGGCUAUGCUUGAACUAGGCUAUCCUUCUCAACAGUGUGGUACCAACACUGACUGCAAUGACCAUAUAACAGGCCAUAGGGUCAUGGUCAUGUCCUCUACUGUUGUUAGCAUCCCUAUUGGCUUUGGCCCUUCCGAUCCAGGCUUUGGAUUCGAGGUCAGUGGAGUGCAUCAAGCAGCAGGUCAUUGGGAGAUCCAUAGCAAGGCGUGGACUACCCAGUACUUGAGGAUGAAGAGGAAGGAGAUGGCAAUACUACAAGGCAUUAUCACCUGCCACUGGUCUGGGAGCUAG